AGGGCUACUUAUCUUAUCGAGUUAGGUCCCCGCAGGCGUUUUCUGUUUAUUGUGGCAAAUUUGGCUAUGCUUACGUAUUUCCUGAAGUGUGUAAUGUUUGUUCUAAACCCUAUAGUAUAGAAAUAUCAAAUAUAUCUAUAUUAAGGACUGAAUCUACUAGUUAUAAGUUAGUCUCUCUUUCCUUAAGUACUCAAAGGAGUAUUAACCUAAGGAAGCAAUGGAAAAUGUGUCUACAAGUAGUUUUCGAUCAGGAAAAGAUGAUGAAGAAGCUUUAAAAUGGGCUGCUAUACAAAGAUUGCCUACCUAUACUCGGUUGAGAACUUGUUUAUUCAAGAAUCUUGUAGAAAAUCGAAACCAACAUUGCAAAAUUACUGAUGUUAGCAAGUUAGACGUCAAUGACAAGAAACUGUUUCUUGAGAAAAAAUUUAGAGUUCCUGAAGAAGAUAAUGACAAGUUCUUGAGAAAAUUGAGAGAUCGUAUAGAUGAGGUUGGGAUCCAAUUACCUACAGUUGAAGUUAGAUUUGAGCAACUACGAGUAGAAGCUGAAUGCUAUGUUGGCACUAGAGCUCUUCCAACUCUAUCGAACACUGCUAGAAACAUUUUGGAAUCGGGCCUUAGCUUGUGUGGAAUCAGAUUGGCCAAAAGGAUAAACCACACCAUCCUUAAGGAUGUGUCAGGAAUUAUAAAACCAUCAAGGAUGACCUUACUGUUAGGUCCCCCUUCAUCUGGAAAGACGACCCUUUUGCUUGCACUAGCUGGAAAGUUAGAUUCAACUUUAAGGGUGCAAGGACAAGUCAGCUAUAAUGGUUACAGGCUUGAUGAAUUUGAGCCAAGGAAGACAUCUGCCUAUGUUAGCCAAAAUGAUCUGCACUUGGGAGAUCUAACAGUUAAAGAAACCUUUGAUUAUUCAGUAAGGUUUCAAGGAAUCGGUCAUCGACAAGACCUGCUUAUUGAGCUUGAUAGGAGGGAGAAAGAGGCUGGCAUUAUCCCUGAUGCCGAUGUUGAUCUUUUCAUGAAGGCAACUGCAAUAGAAGAAGCUAAGACCAGUCUAAUUACUGAUUAUAUACUCAAACUCUUGGGGCUGGAUAUAUGCAAGGAUACUUUAGUUGGAGAUGAAAUGCAAAGAGGAAUUUCUGGUGGACAAAAGAAGAGAGUGACAACAGGGGAAAUGAUUGUUGGACCUACAAAAACUCUGUUUAUGGAUGAGAUAUCAACUGGUCUGGACAGCUCCACAACAUAUCAAAUCAUUAAGUGUAUGCAACAAAUUGUGCACCUCAAUCAGGCAACUGUCUUAAUGUCCCUCCUCCAGCCUGAUCCUGAGACGUUUGAACUGUUCGAUGAUGUCAUUCUGUUAUCGGGGGGUCAGAUUGUGUAUCAGGGUCCUCGAGAGCAUGCGCUCGCAUUCUUUGAACGCUGUGGAUUCAAGUGCCCUGAGAGGAAGGGCAUUGCUGAUUUUCUGCAAGAGGUUACAUCAAAGAAAGAUCAAGAACAAUACUGGGCAGAUGACAGCAAGCCCUACCGAUACAAAUCUGUAACUGAGUUUGCAACACAGUUUAAGGCUUUCCAUGCUGGCCGCCAUCUUAAGAAUGAGCUUGCAAUUCCAUACGACAAGGAAAGAAGUCAUAAAGAAGCUCUAUCAUUCCACAAAUGCACAAUCCCGAAACUGCAACUGCUAAUAGCCUCCACUGAGAGGGAACUGCUCUUAAAGUGGAGAACUUUACCUGUCUACAUUUUUAAGACUGUUCAAGUUUUAAUCCUUGCAAUCAUUACAUCGACUGUGUUUUUGAGGACAACACUUGACAUCAACUACGACGAUGGAUCUCUGUAUGUUGGUGCAACUAUAUUUGCCUUGAUCGUGAACAUGUUCAAUGGCUUUGCAGAACUCUCCAUAACAGUAACGAGGCUUCCAGUGUUUUACAAGCAAAGAGAUCUCCUAUUUUGUCCAGCUUGGGCAUUCACAGUUCCGAAUUUCUUGCUCGGGUUACCGAUUUCCAUUGUGGAGUCUAUCGUUUGGACUGGCGUAACAUACUUUUCUAUUGGAUUUGCACCAGAAGCAAGCAGAUUUUCCAAGCAGCUGCUGGUAGUCUUUUUAAUUCAACAAAUGGCUGCUGGACUAUUUAGGCUCAUGGCUGGAGUUUGCAGGACUAUGAUCAUUGCACACACCGGAGGAGCGCUUUCUCUGCUCAUUUUAUUCCUGCUAGGGGGCUUUAUCCUUCCAAAAGGAAGAAUUCCUGUUUGGUGGACAUGGGCUCACUGGGUUUCACCUCUAUCUUACGGCUUCAACGCCUUGAUAGUCAAUGAACUGCUUUCUCCAAGGUGGAUGAAUCGGCUAGCACCGAAUAAUAGUACAAAGUUGGGUGCAGCAGUGCUGGAGAACUUCGAUAUAGAUCAGAACAGGAACUGGUACUGGAUUGGAGCUGCAGCACUUCUAGGGUUUAAUAUUCUCUUCAAUGUUCUAUUUACUUUCUCACUAGUGUAUCUAAACCCUCUCGGAAAGCCACGAGCAAUUAUAUCUGAAGAAGCAGCUACUGAGUCUGAGCAAUCUGAGGAGAAAGGAGUAGAGGAAAAAGAAAAACUCGAAACAAGGACAACAACCAACGGAAAGAAUGCAAGAGAAGUUCAAAUGCUACAAGUAAGCAACAAAUCUAGUGCAGGAGGAAGCAGGGUUGCUCCUAAAAGGGGGAUGAUUCUUCCGUUUACACCACUGUCAAUGUCCUUUGAUAGUGUAAACUAUUAUGUUGAUAUGCCGAUAGAAAUGAAGGGCCAUGGAGUGAGAGAGGAUAGGCUGCAAUUGCUUCGAGAAGUGACUGGAGUAUUUAGGCCAGGUGUCCUGACUGCUUUGAUGGGAGUUAGUGGAGCAGGAAAGACAACGCUGAUGGAUGUUCUAGCAGGCAGAAAAACUGGAGGCUAUAUUGAGGGCAAUAUUAGAAUUUCCGGAUUCCCUAAGAAUCAGGAAACAUUUGCAAGAAUUUCUGGUUACUGUGAGCAGAAUGACAUUCACUCUCCGCAAGUCACUGUCAAAGAGUCCUUGAUCUUUUCAGCUUUUCUUAGACUCCCUAAAGAAGUCAGCGACAAAGAUAAGAUGGUUUUUGUAGAUGAAGUGAUGGAGCUAAUUGAGCUCACCAAUCUGAAAAAUGCAAUAGUUGGGCUACCAGGAGUAACGGGGUUGUCAACCGAACAAAGAAAGAGAUUGACAAUAGCAGUGGAACUAGUGGCAAACCCCUCAAUUAUAUUCAUGGACGAACCAACUUCAGGUUUAGAUGCAAGGGCAGCAGCCAUUGUUAUGAGGACUGUCAGAAACACGGUAGAUACUGGAAGAACAGUUGUCUGCACAAUUCAUCAGCCUAGCUUCGACAUCUUUGAAUCCUUUGAUGAGCUGCUGUUAAUGAAGACAGGAGGGCAACUGAUCUACUCAGGACCACUAGGCCAGAAUUCUUACAAGAUCAUUGAAUAUUUUCAGGAAAUUCCAGGAGUACCUAGAAUUAGAUACGAGCAAAAUCCAGCAGCAUGGAUGCUUGAAGCAAGCUCAGCUGCGACUGAAGUAAGACUUGGAAUUGACUUUGCUGAGCACUAUAUAUUAUCAUCCAUGUACCAACAAACCAAGGCUUUAGUAGCAGAAUUGAGUAAGCCAGCAGUAGGAACAACAGAUCUCUAUUUCCCUGAUCAGUACUUACAAUCUUCGUGGGGACAAUUUAAGUUCUGUCUAUGGAAGCAAUGGUGGACUUAUUGGAGAAGUCCUGAUUAUAAUCUUGUUAGAUACUUUUUCACCUUAGUAGCAGCUCUUGUGCUAGGCACAAUCUUCUGGCAGGUUGGAAACAAAAGAGAGGACACAACUGAUCUAACCAUGAUCAUCGGGGCAAUGUACGUAGCAGUUUUAUUUGUCGGAAUCAACAAUUGCUCGACUGUUCAGCCCAUUGUAGCAGUUGAAAGAACUGUAUUUUACAGGGAAAGAGCUGCAGGGAUGUACUCAGCUUUACCGUAUGCUUUGGCACAAGUCAUUGUGGAAAUACCAUAUAUAUUCAUCCAAACUACAUACUAUUCUCUGAUAGUAUAUUCAAUGUUUAGCUUUGAGAGGACCGUGGCUAAGUUCUGUUGGUUCUUCUUCAUCACCUUCUUCUCUUUCCUAUACUUCACAUACUACGGCAUGAUGACUGUUUCAGUCACACCAAAUCACCAAGCGGCAGCCAUCUUUGGUUCAGCAUUUUUUGCACUCUUCAAUCUCUUCUCUGGCUUUUUCAUCCCCAAACCAAGAAUUCCAAAGUGGUGGGCAUGGUACUAUUAUAUCUGCCCGGUGGCAUGGACAGUAUACGGACUGAUCGUGACACAAUAUGGCGACAUUGAGGACACCAUAAAAGUACCAGGAAUUAAUCCAGAUCCGACCAUCAAAUGGUAUGUGCAUAACCAUUUCGGGUACGAUGCUGAUUUCAUGGGUCCAACUGCUGUAAUCCUGGUCGGUUUUGGUGCCUUUUUCGCACUCAUGUUUGCCUUCUGCAUCAAAAAUAUCAACUUCCAACAAAGAUAGGCCUGAGAAUGCACUCGCUCACAGUCUUUGGGCUUUGGGCUUGGCGGUGAGUUGUCGAUGAAAACAAGAAGAGGUCACAUGUGAAUGUGAUGAAGAGACACACGUGUGGAAGUGAGGAAUCUUAAGAAAAGAUACAUUGUAUCAUUCAGGACAAAGGGCCUCGUGCCUUGAAAGACGAAUUACAAGAGGAAUUGUUGACAUCAUGUCUGUCUUUUUCCCUUCAUUCAACAGCGUGUCCUAGCGUCCCUUCAACGUGGAUACACGUGUCCAAACCCAUCUCAUUACCACUCACUGAUUAUUUAACUCUUUCCUCGUUGUAAUCUUUUUAGAAAAAUUCUUUCUUCAAGGUCUGACUAUUGAAUAAGUGGCGGAUCCAUUAUGGUUA